GUCUGGAAAGUGUUCCCUAUUUUCUUUUGAGUAGUGUAUAACAUUCAGAUUCAAUUUACAAAAUUCUGAUGUGGCUCUUUUCAUGCGUAGUAGUUCCUUUUCUACCUUAUCUAAACAGGAAUUGUUGUGUAGAAAAUUAUGUAGCAACGGAAUGACUGAGUUGUGGAUUUCUCCUCUUUUUUUCUGAGUACAUCUAUUGCUCUCAAUGUCUUUUAUGAACACAGUUAUGCUUGUUUUUUUUGUUGGGAGGAAGGCAAAAAUUACCGCCAAGUUGUAACAGGUUCGAGACACUCGGGGGAAUUUUCGUCUUCGAAAUAUUGACGAACCAUUUAUUGUUAGUGGAGGUCAUUGGAUUGGUUUCCAAAUCGAUAAAUUUGGAAGGUUCCAAUGUGAUCUUCAAUAAUAUUCGAAUUGAGUCUCUUGUGAGCAUAUCUAAAUGCAUCCAGUUUGUUAUUUUUUUGAAACCCGAUAUGAUAAGUUAGGUUCGUAGUCCACUGAUUUAUCGUCCAGAGAGCCACGAAACAGAUUGGCAGAUAACGUUUGCCGUUUAUUUUAAAAUUGAAUAUAAUACAAAUAAUAUGUAUUAUACUUACCGGUUUAUCCAUCUCGACACUCUCGACUUAAAUUCGACAAUUCGCCUGGUACGGCGUACUGCGGCGUACGUCUCACCGGUCUCACACAGUCUCACAGACUCACACAAACGAUUAACAAGACGAACGGUCGCUACGCAACCACAGUAUACAGUAGCGCAACUCUCUUUGAUAUGUGAAGCCAAAAUCACAGUGCGCAGACGCAAGCUCGGUCACUUUACACGGUAUCGCCAUCUGAACUUCUCUCUCACUUACUCUUCUGUUUUCCGUCUUUCUCGUUUAGAAAUUGGCGGGUAUUAGCUGCUUGCCUAUCGUUGAUGUUUUGCGAAAUAAUAUUUUAGAUAUUUAAAGAGAAAUAGAAUAAGCAAAAGUGAAGUAAAGUGAAGUAAAGUGAAGUGAAGUAAAAUAAAGUGCAGUGAAAUAAAAGGAAGAAAGGAAAUAACAUUUAACCUUAAAGAGAAUUGUGAAUCUGUACAACAUAUAAUAUUGUACAGAUUUUCAAUUCUCUUUCAGAAAACUCUUGCACUUUGAUCUUAGCUCUGUUUCAGAUACAAGAAGAAAACACAGAAAUUAGAGAGAAAAUGAGUGAAAAAAGUGUAAAAAAGUGUUCUAUAAGAGGUUGUCCUGGAAAUCUGAAGAAAGGAAGACAUGUAUUUAAAUUUCCAAAAGAAUAUGACAGAUGGUUGCAAUGGGUGCAUUUAAGUGGAAGACUGGAUUUAGAAGAAAAAGGUCCAGAAUAUUCUUUUAGAAAUUGUCGACUAUGUCGUCUACAUUUUGAGAAGAAAUGUUUUAAAGUUAAUAAAAAGAGAAUUCUUCUUCAGCCAGAUGCCAUACCCACAAGAUUUGGAAAAGAUUUGCAGGAGUCAUCAACUAAAAUAAUUGAUGUAGAAACAGAUGCAGAAGCAGAAAAGGACGCAGUAUGCAUGAAUGAAGGAGAAAGCAUACAAGAGCAAACAAGCUUUACAACAGAAGAAGAAGAAGAAGGAAAUAAAACUGACAACAAUAUAGAAAAGGAAAUGGACUUUGAAAUUGUGAAACCAAGCACGUCUAAUACAUUUUGCAAAAUAAUGAUGUCGAAAGCAACGAUGACAUCGAAAAGAAAGAAUAGCCCUACAAAGGAACAAUUACGUACAAGGAUAGAGAAAUUAAAAUUAAAGAAUAAGGUUCUCCAACAAAAACUGCGACGUCUUGAGAAGAAACAAAAAAUCAUCACUAAAGGAUCACGAAGAAACGAAAAAGAUGAGCAUUGAUGGGACUAUGGGGAAACCAAAUAAAAUGUAAAAAGCUGAACGGUCGUAUUCCAGUUCUAUAUUGUCUUCUUUCUUCUUUUCUUUCUUUCUGGAUUGUACUCAGCGUAAAUAACUGAAGUACGCUCUGGAAAGACAGAGAAAAGGUAAGAAGAAAGUAAGUAUGACUGUAAGUUAGAUAUUAGCGAAUUAGUUAUAUUAUGCGUCGAUAUUAUUAAUUUGGGUUUUAUACGUUCAAUUUAUACUUAUAAUUGUAAUAAUAGAAUUUUUUGAAACAAAAUGCGUAUCUUCAAAUACACAUUUCAUUUAAAAAACUCAAGUAUUUUUUUAAACGAUAUGUAAAUUUCCAAUGUAUAAGUAUGUUUCAUUGCAUUUUAUCGAUUUUGUAUGUAUUAUUAUAUAAUAAUUUUACAUUUUGUGCUCAACAACUUUUUUAACUUUAUUUUCUUUUUUUCUGGAUCGUACAGAGGUGGACCGAGUAGCUGAAGUACGAUCUAAUGAAAGAAACUUUUAGUCAUACACAUAGGGUGUCAGGUAACGAUCGCCCGUGGUUUCGUGGAUUGAUAGAUCAAGUAAAAAUGAGCACAAAAGUCCUUUACCAUUUUUUAAUAUUUGCCAUAGUUAACGAAAUAAAAAUUAAUAAUUA